ACUGACGUCCUCUGAUUGAUGGGCGUGCUGCAGGGAUCACGGUUGGUUCCGGUUUGCCUGCCGCCUCGCUGCGGAAAGCGAGGGGUUAGUGGUGGAGGCAGCAGAGUGAGACGACAUGGUGUACAUGGACAAGAGCUAUGCGGAUAAAGACAGGUUUAUCUGCAUUUAUCCUGCAUAUAUAAACAGCAAAAAGACCAUAGCAGAAGGAAGGAGAAUACCUGUACAAAAAGCUGUUGAAAACCCAACAUUUGGAGAAAUUCGAGAUGUUUGCACAGCGGCAGGAUUAAGUGUGGUCGUGGAGAAUAAACUUUACCCACGCGAGUGGAACAGAGACGUACAGUUCCGAGGCAGAAUACGUGUUCAAUUGAGAAAUGAAGAUGGGUCCUUAUGUAUGGAGCAGUUUCCCACACGUAAAUCGAUAAUGGUGUAUGUAGCAGAAAUGAUUCCAAAACUAAAGACCAGGACGCAGAAGGCAGGAGGAGGUGAUCAAAACGCACAACCAGGUGAAGGUGGCAAGAAGAGUAAGAAGAAGAAGAAGAAGUGAUUUAAUUGCUGAUGCUGCCUUUCGUAAUUUAUUUUGAAAGUUUCUAUGAUAUGCUCAUUUCUUUUUCUCAGUCCUGUAGGUCAAGCCUGGCAGCAGCUUGUUAAAUUUGAUUUAUAUAGCACAAAACAAAUUCAGAACCUUAUGUUAGGAACAUUUUCUUUAUAUAUACAUAUAUGUGAUGUUCUUUCAGUGGUUAACCUUCCAGACAUUACAGAUCUGGUGUGGAGUUGUUUAUUGGCAAUGUUAAUAAGCCCAAAAUAACAGGUUCUAUUUGUAUUUAACCAUCAGUCAACAUGUUAGCCUUACAUUCUGCCAUUGUUUUUGUUACAGCCCCUGUUGAAUUUUAGAGCAUGAAGAGCAGACUUCCACAGAAGCGUUUGUGCUUCACUACCAAAGUUCUGCAACUUUUAAACUCUAACUUUUCAACAAAGCUUCAUGCUCGGUAAUAAAAUGGCCAUCAGUAAACAUUUGAUGCAAGUUCAAUUCACAAAAUAACAUCUUCUUUGGGUUUUUUAUCCGACUAUUUCAAAUAGAAACUAGGUGCAGGAGUAGGCCAUUCGGCCCUUCGAGAAUACAACGAGAAUGCUAAGUUUAAACUCUUGGGUUUUUAUAUCCAUUCUGAUUUAUAAAUACCCGAUUUGUCCAUUCUUGACUCGAGCUUUAAUGCAGCCCGCACCCAUCAGCAUUGCCAGCGACACUUAUGGAUUCCUGAACUUUGUGGCCUAAAGCUCCCCAAAGCUCCCUCUGCCUGUGGUUCUGCCUCUGUUUUUGUAUGCACCUGUUCAGAUGCUAGGUAUAUAAAUGUGUAUUGUGAUGUACAAGACAUGCCAGAUUCACCUUUAAAAAUAAUUUUAUGUUUUGUUGUGCUAAAGAUUGAAAAUUGAGGAAGGAAAACUCUGACCCCUUCACCAUGUCCCAUGAAAUUGUGAUACUUGAUCCUAACGUGGACUAAAUUACCGGCAUUGAUGAAUAAACUCUUAACAAUAACAAUACGCUGUA